UUUUGCCCCUUUUCUCUUUGUACCUGUUUGAUGGGCUGUUGAUGUCUAUGGCGGUUGGUGAGGAUCCAAGUUCCAAGAGCAUGGGGUUUGACAAAGAUGGGACUGUUGUUGACAGUGAAGCUUCAGAGACAAAAACAGCAUCAAAGAUGCCUGCUAACGGUGAUAACGUUGAAGGACAUCACCCUGGGUUCAGUAGAAAAGCCAGCCAGAGUUCUUUUUGUCCAACUGAAGAUGAAGACGACGAUGAUGAAGAGAGGGAGAUUGAGUUGGGCCCUAAGUGCACCCUCAAAGAACAACUCGAAAAGGAUAAGGAUGAUGAGAGCUUAAGGAGGUGGAAGGAACAACUUCUUGGGACCGUGGAUUUCGACUCCCUUGGAGAAAAGGUGGAACCUGAUGUUAAGAUCCUGAGCCUUGCAAUCAUAUCACCUGGUAGGCCAGAUAUGGUACUUCCAAUUCCGGAGAACGGAAAGCCUAAAGGUCCGUGGUUUACCUUAAAAGAAGGUAGCAAAUACACCCUGCAAUUCACAUUCCAAGUGAGCAACAAUAUUGUGUCCGGGAUCAAGUACACUAAUACGGUUUGGAAAACUGGUGUCAAGGUUGAUAGCACGAAAGAGAUGAUUGGGACCUUCAGCCCCCAGGCAGAGCCUUACAUCCAUGAAAUAUCUGAAGAAACAACUCCAUCUGGGAUUUUUGGUAGAGGAUUUUAUUCAGCUAGAAGUAAGUUUGUCGACGACGAUAGCAAGUGCUACUUGGAGAUAAACUACAGUUUCGAUAUCCGUAAAGAGUGGCAAUCGUAGACGACAUGCGAAUGAAUCAUUUACAGCUAAAUCAGUUUGCUCGUGCCCAUUAUUUGUCAAAUCACCUUUAGAUGUAACCAUAGUUAAUUUACUGUUCGUGUUUGCUCCUGUGUGAGAAUGAGACUAGGAAUCAUCUGUACAAUGAAGAGAGUUGAUCAAAAAGCGUUCUGCUUUACCUGAG